AUGAUAUGAUUCAUAUGGUCAUAUUACUCUAAGGUCAGUGAUUGCGGGGUCCCCAUUGAAUGCGACGGGGUAGAAGAUUCCGCUGCAUCCAUAAAUAGACGGACCAUCACAUCCCGUCCGUCGGCCGGGAUGACAGACAACUCGGGAUGUCGCACCCCGCAUACUCUUGCCGAUAUACGGAGUAUUUGCAUCCGAAACAGACUAUAUCCGAUACAUAAACAGACUCAGGGUACAAGUUGACUACGAGUUGCCAAAGAGAUUACUAUUGUUACAUGUUUACCUCAAUUUUCCGAGUUUCUUUCCCGAAGUCAGUCCGCACAUAUAGCCGGAAGAGGAUGAGUGACACAACCAGCUUCUUGGACCGCCUCGCGGCUCUCGACACCAAUACAGUAUCCGAUGCAUUAGAUGUCCUCCAUCUUCGUGGUGCCACAUACGGCCUCCGGCCUCUCUGGAACUGUCCGAAAAUCGUCGGCCGCGCUAGCACGGUCGAAGUAGGCCCGAGGAUCGGGACAGCCCCAACACCACAUCCUUUUGCUCCUACCAUCGAUGCAGUAAGCAGUGAUGACCGGGUUCUUGUCAUCGCCGGCGGACUGGAGGGUGUGUCCUGCUGGGGCGAUAUCAUUGCAAACGCCGCCAAGGCCAAGGGAAUCCGGGGUACCGUAAUCGACGGAGUAUGCAGAGAUAUCGACGGUAGUGUCGAGGUCCAGUAUCCACUCUACGGACGUGCUGUUACGAUGAUCAGUGGCCGGAGUCGCAUAGUCUCUGUCAGCGCUGGCAAGCCCGUGCGUGUCUGUGGUGGUGUGACAGUCGAACAGGAUGACUAUGUUAUCGCGGACGCGUGCGGUACUGUCUUCGUCCCUGCCGCACAUAUCUCGAUCGUCCUCACCCUUGCGGAGCAGAUCAACAACCGCGAAAACCAGAUGGUAGAGGCAGUACGCUCCGGGCAGACGGUGUCGGCGGUAAUGCGCGACUCGCGCUUCGAGCAACUCCGACAAGAGACCGUGUCGGCUGCCGCGGCUGCCAGCCCACUAUCACAAGAGAACCCCCGGAAGGCGAGUGCGGAGGAUCAGGAGUUGGUUGGACUUUUGAGGGGUUUGGACUCGCCAGCAGUCUCGGACGCACUGGAUUCCUUGGGAAUCGCAGGACAGGCCUGGGGUAUUCAGCCAUUGUCUUCUUCGGGUUCAAGUAACCGGCGAGUUACUGUUGGUCCGGCAUUUACCGUGCGUUACGUCCCUGCGAGCGACCCACCUGGCAGUGUAGGGGAUUUCCUGGAUGAUGUGGCGGUUGGAGAUGUGGUUGUUAUUGAUAACAGUAGCCGUACAGACUGUACAGUCUGGGGCGAUAUCAUGACUCACUAUGCCGCGCUGCGGGGGGUUGCGGGCACGGUGAUCGAUGGAGUGUGUCGUGACGUGGAUCUGGCCCUUGAGGAGGGAUACCCAUUAUACACUGCAGGACGAUGGAGGCGUACAGGAAAAGAUCGGGUCCAGGUCGGUGAGGUCAACGGGCCUGUUGGUAUUGGGAAGGUCCGGGUCGAGUCCCGGGACAUCGUUGUCGCUGAUUCCAAUGGCGUCGUGAUCAUUCCUCGGAACCGCGUGCGUGAAGUAGCUGGGCUCGCUCGCAAGAUCUCGGAGAGUGAAGCGCAAAUCCGCGAGUUGUUGACGAAGAGGGGGGCUACACUUGCGGACACACGCCGACAGCUCGGAUACCACACACUGCAACGGAGAAGGGGAUAGUAAGGAUAUCCUAGAGGGGCUAGAAUGAAGCGUUUCGGUUUCUUAGAAGAAAUAGAAAUGAUUGAAUCAGUUGCUGCCGCAUAGGGCUCGGCUUGAAAGACGAAGAAACUGUAAAUUGCACGCCUACGCAGAGUAUAGUCCAUAAUCUUCAUAUUAACGAGAUGUUAACCUUUCAAAGAUUGAU